AUGGCUCAGUGCCUCGACAACUUUCAUCAGUACAAAGACAUUUUCAUCGAGCUUGAGGCAUGCAGUCCAGGCCACUUCAACAUCCUGAAAAUUCACUCAAUGCAACAUUACGUCGCCCUUAUCAGGAUGUUUGGCAGCACAGACAGCUUCCACAUUGAAUCACCCGAACAACUCCACAUCGACUACGCGAAGAACGCCUGUCGAGCGUCAAACAAGAAGGACUACACAGUACAAAUGACAAUAUGGCUUCGUCGUCGGGAAGCCAUAGACAGAUUUACCCUCUACCUCAACUGGGCACGGAAUGGCUCCUACAAGAUUGACAAAGACACCUCUCACCCCCCACCCACCUCCAGCACCAGAGACACGAACGACGAUGGUGGUGAUGAUGACAAGGCCAUCAUUAUCUCCAAAGCAGCUCCCACUUCUGCCAGCAUCCCAUCUCCUGCUGUAAAUGCAUACUCAGUUGCAUUGCACCACCCAGCUGCUCUUCAAGGCAUCCAGGUUCCUCGAGCUUCGACCUCUUCAAAUGCCUCUCGUUCAUUCUUCAAGAAAUCCCUCAAGCCAGCUCUAACAGUCCUAAAAACAUCAUUUGAGCAACACCACCUGUUCCCACACGUGGCCGUCAAUCAGCUGAAGGUGCACAUAUGGACUUCGCUCUCAUAUGCACUGGGGAACGGAAUGAGAAAACUGAAGGCACACCGCUUCAAGAUCUCUACGCAAUGUCGCUUUGAGAUUGUAAUGGUGUUGACAGAUGAGGAUGCUUCUUUGGGCAAUGUAGGCAACUUGAUUUUGAGGGCAGAUGUUGGUUGA